UUAUGUCAAAACAGCUGAUUGCAGAAAUUAAUGAAAACGAAAAUUCAUAUUAAUUGAAAAGCUGGAAAGUAGGUUAAAAAAGGUCAAAUAUUAGUCGCGUCAUUGUCAAAUUUCAUUAAACGAUAGUGAUUAUUUCAGUGAAAUAUAAUUGUUAAGUGUGAAUUUUUCAACAUAGCAGAUGUUUAUUGUAAGAAAUGUCACAAAUUGAUAUCCAGGAUUUAUUUGAUAAAAGCAGGUUUCCCAGUGGUUGGCGUCUCGUAUUUAUAUUUUUAUAUACUCCAGUGGGUCUUCUAUUAAUAUUGCUACGAUUAUUAAUUGCCCUACAACUUUGGCUCAUUUCAAUAUUGCUACCUGAUUGUAAUAUUCUUCGAACAUUCUUAAGUCAUGGAUUUAGUUUUGCUUUUGGUAUUAUGGUAAAAAUUUCUGAAGGUCAAGUUAAAGACAAGCAAUCAAGGAUUAUAAUUACAAAUAAUGUCUCUGUCCUGGAUCAUUUUGCUUUAUAUAAAGCUACACAAGCAUUAACUCCUACUAUCUGGGAAAUACCUACUGCCAUGAGCAAUGCACUAGGUUUACAAAUGAUGGACAUGAGUAGUAAAGAAGCUCUAAUUGCCAAUAUGAAACAAUUUCUCUCUACGUCAAAUUGCAAUAUUGCAAUACAACCUGAAUUUGGUAUAACCAAUAGUCGUGUAGCCUUGUUAAAGUUUAACUCUUGGCCAUUUACUAUAGAAGCAUCUGUUCAACCAGUUGCAAUUAAAGCAUGGAGGCCAGAAUUUAUACCUAUUCAUCUUACCUCAUUGGCAUCUAGAUGGUGGAUAGAUGUUUUUUGGUUUAUGUUUGUUCCUUAUACUGUCUUCACAUUUAAGUACCUGAAAAUCAAGCAAAAUCCAGAUUGUGAAGUACUAGUACGGGAAGUGGAAAAAGACAUAGCAACUUGUCUUGGACUUCAAACAAGUUCUCAUACUGUAUCAGAUAAAAUAGAAUUUGAGAAACGUUAUAUUAUGGAGAGAACACAAAAUAGGAGAUUUGAUAGAAAUUCUCCAAAUUCACAAGUUAUACAUAACCUUGAGAUUCAAAGGAUGGUUCGACAAGUCAGUGAAGUGCUUCCAUUAGUUCCACAUAAUGUGAUUCUUCGAGAUCUUUUGAAAACACGCAAUGUUGACAUUACAAUUGCCAAUAUAUUGGAUGGCAUAGUUACUUAUACUCCAGAUUCAUCUCAAACUGUUACACGAUCAGCAUCGUUAAAUCAAUUACAAAAAAAUACAGUUAAAGAUAACAGUAAUCUAGGAUCUUCUUCCUUCCAGGAAAGAAAAGCUAAAAUGAUAAGGGAAGCAAGGGAAAGGUAUAUUCAAAAACAUGGACUCAAAAAUUGCUGACAUUCUUAUUGCAGUUUUAUUCUGGUUAUUAUAUCUUCAUUGAUUACAAAUAUCUAAUGUUUUUCUGUAUGUGUAUGUGUAUUUACUAUUACAUACUGUGAAUAUAA